AAAGACUCGACUAUAGUUGUUGAAGACGUUUGGGAUAUUUCCGCUCAAGUUUAGUUAGCGAGUUUAUUGUACAAGAAUCUGGGAAUUAUUUGGGCUCGGGCACCACCGCGGGAACGUUUGCAUGGUUUGGAGAAGACGUGGAGUCGGUGAAGCUAAAAGGUGAGUAAGUUUGAAGAAGCACGUACUACGUACCUAUAGCAGACUGAGAGAGAAGAAAAUUAUCUAACCGUGGAAGAUUCCUUUUACAAUGCUGAUUGUGAGAAAAUGCAACACAAUUGCUGUAAGUGAAGGUCUCACGGGUCAUGUUUAGUCACUUGCAAAACCUUUGUCUAGUCAGUGGUAACGUCUAGGUACAAAACCAAAAAAAGCAAAAAUGGCGAAAGCCCAAAGAAGACCGUCCACCUUGGGAAUAAUACACGAGGGUGACUGCAUGGAUUCGUUCAUAAAGUCGGCGGAUCAAUGGUUAGAGGAUAAGAAACGGUUCGACGGAGCUGAAGGUCUAUGGAGGGUUCACGACGGCCUAUACGACUUGACGCACUUUGUCGAAACGCAUCCGGGCGGAAGAUUUUGGAUCGAAACGACCCAAGGUUUGGACAUAACCGAAAGCUGGGAGUCCCAUCACAUAUCGUCCAAAGCAGAACAGCUGCUACCGAAAUAUUUCGUUCGUAAAGCACGAACUCCAAGAAAUUCGCCGUUCACUUUCCACGAGGAUGGCUUCUACAAGACGCUUAAGGGCAGGGUGCGUUCACUUCUGCCGCACCUGCCGAAAGACCCGAUCAAGACAUCGAAUUGGAUAUUUGACAUUUUGUUCGUUGUGUCGGUGCUACUGAGUACGCUGGCCACGCUUUACUCCAGUCACACGAUUGGGAUUAGCGCGGGAAUUUGCAUGGCGUUCACCCUUGUCGCCGGUCACAACUACUAUCACAAGGCGGACAAUUUCCGACUGUACCCAAAUUACGUGUUCAUGCUCAACUCUCGAGAUUUCAGAAUCGUACACGUUCUUAGUCACCAUGCGUUUCCGAAUUCGGUUUCUGACCUGCAGGCGCACAUGCUGGAACCGUUAGUGCUGUUGUAUCCUGGCAAAAAGUCAUUUGUCACAAAGUAUCUGUCGUACAUUUACGUUCCUCUGAUGGUGUGGCCCAUGUUCUUCCUAGGACCGCACGUUAUAAAGUUAUACCAGUGGAUCUUCUCGGGUAAAUCGCAGCACAUCCGAGACGAUCUGCUGGCAUGGAUUUUGCCUCUGUUUCUCUACGUGGCUACCAAGCAACCCCCGCUCAACGUACUGACCAUGUGGGUCUUUAUAAUGCUGGUCAACGGUUUCUGGUUUGGCUUGGUCGGUUUUACGCUCAACCACUACCACCCCGACAUCUUCAUGGACGGCGACGUGUCCAGGUACGACGAAAGCGACUGGGGCGUCAGCCAAGUGGAUACGGCAGGCGAGAAAAUCGGAAUGGUAAACACUCACUUUCUCGGGCUGAUCUUCCUAGGCGACCACGUUUUACAUCACCUGUUUCCCGUGAUGGAUCACGGAGUGAUCCAGUACCUCUACCCCGUCUUCAGAGAGACGAUGAGGGAGUUUAAAUUAGAUUUGCAGGUUUUCGGUAAGGGCGAAUUUGUAGGGGGCUACUUUCGGCGGUUGUCCACGGAAGACACAAGUAGCCGUCCAGUCGGACGAUCUCGAUACCAUACUAAAGUUUUCGAUAAGGGCUGAAGUGUUAGAGAGUAAUUUUAAUAAAGCAAAGAAAUAAACUAGUAUAGAGUCACAUUUGGUUUGUUUUGGGAACCGAGAACAUUAGAGAUUGUAACCCGCACAUGUUGAUUUGGUUAGAAGGACCAAAUUUGUAACUGGCGCCGGUAGUGUGGAUCUUUUCAUUGCACGACUAUUAUUUACAUUUAGAUAUUACUAUGGAUGUCUAAUUUAUCAGAGUGAUGCCCGGGAAGAACUUUUUUUGUAGAAAAAAACUACAAUUUGAGAGGUUCCACCCUGUAUAUACAACUUACGACGAUACAUACAUUUUUGAGAGUUGGCAACCAUGCAAU